AGAGCGUGAAUACUGAAGGUGGGUCUGCAGAGCAGACUGCCGCCGCUGCUGAUGUCGCUGGUCGACAAACAGCAAGUCUUCCUUCGCGAUAGAAGUUUGUCAAAGCCUGCUAAUUCUGCUUUACACUGCUUUCAACACAUUCUAGAGUGAUUAACCCAAGAGGAUAACGGACAUGAAGAACUUGGCUGUGCCCUUGUGCGCUCAAGCGCUUUUCUUGUCUCAACUUCUGGCUUCAUUCCUCUUCAGCCCUGCGCUAGGCCAAAGUGAUGGCAGUGGCGUAGUGGUGGCCAUGUACAAUAUCAGCGCCCCCCAAGGAUCUCAGGCGGUAUUGCAAUGUCAUAGUCAGCGCAUGGUGUGGACGCAAGACCGCCUAAAGGACCGCCAAAGGGUAGUACACUGGGAUUUACUUCGUAGUGGCCCAGACCAUGCAAUGGAACGCGUUAUAGACAUGUUUUCCGCUGGAGACCAGCGCAUUUACAAUGGCUACAACCAGGGGCGCAUUAACAUGCCCAAGACUGCUUUUAAGGAUGGCAACUUCUCAUUGGUAAUCAAAGAUGUUGCAAUGAGUGACAAAGGAAUCUACUCCUGUAACCUGCAUCAUCAUUACUGCCACCUAUAUGAGUCAAUCAAAGUUCAGCUUAAUGUCACCAAAUCAGCACGUAAGGAGAGGCGGUUUUGGGACGGUCAGAAGGCAGUGUAUGUGGUUCUGUUGGGCAGCACGGUGGUUCUCCCUUGCGUUAACCGCCGGCCCAUCUGGACAGAGGGCAACAGUCAGGAGGACCAACAACAAGUGGUUCACUGGGACCGUCAACCUCCAGGGGUCCGACACGACCGUGCCGAUCGGCUCAUCGACCUGUACGCCUCUGGUGAGAGGCGUCACUACGGACCGCUGUUUGUUCAGCAAAAGAUGAAUAUUUCUGCCACAGCGUUCUCGCAGGGAGAUUUCUCUCUGAUCAUCUCAGACAUCCAUCCCCUGGAUCAGGGGCUAUACUCCUGUCAUCUCCACCAUCACUACUGCGGCCUGCACGAGAGACGCAUCUUUCAGCUUACCGUGACGCCUCCAGUCCCUCAGACCCCGCAGAUCCCUCAGGAACCCACAGAUGAACCUCAGUAUCUUCCUAAUGAAGACCCAAACAUCAAUAUGGUGGAAGUGCCGCCACAUGUAAUCAACGUCAUCAUGCCAGAGCAAAGGAAUCACUUCCUGCAUCAGUUGGGCUACAUCCUGGCAACUCUUCUCCUACUGGCCCUUAUCGUUUUGGCUAUUGUUCUCCUCACACGUCACCGGAAAAGACAAGGCCAAGAUUUUGAUCCACGGAAAGUCGAAAGUCCACCUCUGCCGACGGUGACGUAUGUAGGCCACACGUCAUGUGUUAAUAAAGAAUAUGAGCGAAGCGUUCAAGAGGUGAAGUCAAGCAACCAAGAAGAGACGAAAUUGGACUACAAGAACAAUCUUCUGAAGGAAGCGGAAAUGUCCAAAUUUUGCUCCCCUAAAGCCAUUGACCUGGACAGAGCAGAGAUGGAAAAGCCAUCUUGGAAAUAAGAGGUACUCUUGCCACUGGCUGGUCCAGGGGCAGAUUUGGAAACGGAUGAAGAAUGAAAUGUGGAGAGUGACAAUUUGGCAAGGAAAUAAGUGAAAAGGAGAGAAGGACACAGUUGUAUCAUUUUUUUUCGUCCUGACUCAAGAUCCUUCGUAUUUUUUGGCUCUUGUGAAGCUUGCAGGAAGCAGCAGAGUCUCAACAGCAGUAUUUUGGACAACUGAUAUAUCAGACUAAUGGCAAACAACUGUUUUAGAGCACUAAAACGACAAGCAAAAAGCUUUAAAAAUGCAAGAAUAUAGUCUGCAUUUUUUUUAUUACUGAAUUUGCCUAAUGCUGCCAACCACUUAAUGAGUGAGAAUUAAACACACCCAGAAUUAUGUGUCCUGAGUGUCAGAAUGUUUAUACUGGUGUGAGGUUUGAGCUAUGUAGAGAUGAGGCUGGGCAGAGGCUGUGAUGAACGGUUAGCUCAGAAGCUUUAUGUGAGAAAGAACCUUCUUAUUCAUUGUGGAAUCAGAAAAACGUUGCAGUUUUAAAUGAUUUUGAAAUUAAAAGUGCACAGCUGUAUGGUACAAAUAUUGCAGAAGCUAUUGCUGCAUCACAACAUUUGCAUUUUUAUGCUUUGUUCAUAUUUCUCAAUAGGUUUAAGCUAUGCUUUCUUAGGCAUUCUUCCGAGUACCUUUACUGUAUUAUAUGAACAGCAUGAUUAUUAAAAGAUCCAUUUUAAUAAUCAUACUAGAUCAAGUAUAUUUUGUUUUUUAAAAGCUCAUAAUUUAGCCCAUACUGGAUCCUGAAUUUCUAUGCUGGAUUUGUAUAACAGUGUAAACAUGGUAAAUUGUUAAAUGGAGAUUACAGUCUACAUUCUUUUUGGUAUAUAAAAGCAUAGUCAGUUUAACCAAAAUAUUUCAUACCUCAAGUCAUUAUAAUAUUCUAAACCCAUUUAAAUCAGUGUUUUUUCUGAUAUUCUGUUUUCAUUACUAACUGUGUUACCACUAAAAGCUGCGUUUCCUUUAAUGUAUAAAACUUUCUAUCACAAUCCUCUGUAUCCUGUCAUACUUUCUCUGUUAUGAACCUUUUCAUGUUAUCGUUUUUAUAUUUUCAUGUUUACUUUUCUCAUGUUACAAAUCUUACUAAUUGUCUUCGUCGCAGUUUAUUUGAAUAUUCUAGCAUUUGAUGUAUUUGCUUUCAUCAAUACUUGCAGGUCAUUUAAAGUCAAACAAUUAAGUGUGAAACUGAUGCAAAUGCAUCAAGGUACCUGUACAACAUGAAAAUAACUGAAUUUUAAUAGGCUAUUCAUACAUGAUCAGCAUAAUGCAACGUGUACUGCUUUAUUUUAGAUUAUUAUGGUGAAGCUGAAGCAAUGCUUUUGCCCAUUAUGAUGAUUAUAAGACAUUCAGCCGACUCCAAGGCUGCAAAUAAGAUUGUGUAAACAUUAGUGAUUGAGGUUGCUAGAGGAAUUUGCUGGGUAGACCACAAUGCUUUUAGUACAUUAUGCAACAUAAUGGAUACAUGAUUAUUCCCAUGCUGGGGCGGUUUUAUUAUUGAUGAUUUAAUUUCUAGUGCAUUGUCAAUGUUCUUUCAUUCAAAGCAGAAUAAACACAUUUUAACCUCUGGA